GAUGUUAGUCACAUGACAGUGAAGAUCUAAAUGGAGUUGUUUAACUUUUAUUUGCAAUGCUACCGAAUGAUCUUAUUUUGUACCGAUAAAAUGGUACAAAAUGGCUCCAACCCUGCUGCAGAAGCUGUUUAAUAAAAGGGCAAAUGCGGCGUCGCCUUCGAAAAAUUCCAAGGAGGGUCCGGGGUUUAGCUGGACACUUGUGGAGUUUCAAGUUGACCAGAUUCGACUGAUUGUUUACCAGGAUUGUGAAAGGAGAGGCAGACAUGUUCUUUUUGAUUCUAAAGCAGUGCGCAGAGUUGAAGGUGCCAAAGUGCAGAAAACUUCAGAUGAUCUAUCCAAAUUGCAAGGAAAAUGUUGCCACACAAGCAGCAGUGGCAAUUACCCCCAAAAUUCCUCAUCUUCCAGUGCUUCAAACACACAGGAGCACAUGCCUAGGUAUCAGUAUUCCCGACCUGCUUCUGAUGUGAAUAUGCUUGGAGAAAUGAUGUUUGGCUCUGUCGCAAUGAGUUACAAAGGUUCUACGUUGAAAAUACAUUACAUACGCUCUCCCCCUCAGUUGAUGAUCAGUAAGGUUUUCUCUGCCAAGAUGGGAACUGCUGGUGGAAGUACAAAUGUGCUGCAUGACAGCUUUGAAUAUAUCAACCAAGAAAACACUGCUGGAAAACCUUGUCCAGGGCAGAAUGGUAGCAGUAACUUCCAUGCUUGCAAUAACCUGGGUCGUUUGGUGGUUUGUGGCAGCAAACUGCUGUUGUGUCCCACUGAAACAGGACCGCUCCAUCUCAUCAGGAGCGCUUCUUUCUUUGCAGCUCAUAGUACGCCAGUAGAUAUGCCAAGCCGAGGUCAAAAUGAAGACAGAGACAGCGGUAUAGCACGAUCAGCUUCCCUGAGCAGUCUCUUGAUUACACCAUUCCCUUCUCCAAAUUCUUCCUUUUCCAGUAAUUGUGCCAGUAGUUUUCAGCGGCGCUGGCUGCGCAGUCAGACCACCAGCCUUGAAAAUGGCAUUCUUCCCAGAUGGUCAGCUGAGGAGACAUUCAUGAUGGCAGAUGAGAGCUAUACUUCCAACCCACAGAUGGUCCGGAGGAAGAAGAUCGCAGUCAGUGUUGUUUUCUCUUUGCCUGAGAAGGAAGAGGAGAACAAAACUUUUCAAGAGUUCUUUUUCUCUCAUUUCCCCUUAUUUGAGACUCACCUGAACAAGCUGAAGACUGCAAUUGAGAAGGCAAUGAUCUCCUCCAGAAAGAUUGCAGAAUCUAGUCAGAGAGUGCAAGUUUACAUCAGCCGGGUAAUGGAAGGCCUGGGAGAAUUCAGGACCACAAUAUGCAAUCUUUACUCUGCCCCAAGGAUCACUGAGCCCGCGUGGCUUACCAUGAUGUUUAAUACAUCAGAAAAGAAAAACUCAUGUCAUCGCUUUGUCAGAGAUUUCACCUUGCUGAUAGAGCAAUUAACUAAGAAUCAAUUCCUUUCAGCUUUGCUGACAGCUGUGCUCACAUAUCACUUGGCCUGGGUGCCCACAGUUAUGCCAAAUGACCAUCCACCUAUAAAAACCUUUUAUGAGAAACAUGCAUCACAGAAUGUGAACUUAUUGGGUAAAUCACAUCCAUACAAUCCUCUAUGGGCUCAACUUGGCGAUUUGUAUGGAGCAAUUGGCUCACCAGUGAGGCUCACCAGGACUGUGGUGGUUGGGAAGCGUAAAGAUCUCGUUCAGCGACUACUUUAUGUCCUUAGUUACUUUAUACGGUGUUCAGAUCUUCAGGAAAAUGAGAUGCUGUGGAAGGGUAAGCUCCCAGAAAGUGAGACUGUCCAGUCGGGAACCAAGAUCAGCACUAUGCUUGAGAAAGGAGAAGUGGAAGAAUCUGAAUACGUAGUGGUCACUGUCCAUAAGGACGACCCUGGUUUCGUGACUCCAAUUCGAUCUCUGACAAAUAUUGGGAAACGAAACACUGCAAUAAAGGACAAACACACUAGUGUAGAUUUAGGACUCAAACCUAGCAGCAGUGGAAAUACUGAAUUUGAUACCUGUGAUAGGUGGACCUCUGGACAGUGCUGUAAAGUUCCUUUGGUUGUGAAUGAAGCAAACUUGACAAUGCUGGCAGUUUAAGAGAGAUCACAGUGCCAAUUCAGGAAACCAAGACACAGUCACCCAUGACUACGAACGGUGGUGUCGUGUGUAAUGAUGAGGUGCACACAUUUGGACAUGAGGCAGUUGGGUUGGUUGAAAGUUCUGAUCGUGUGUCACUUGCCACAGUUAAGUUGGCUCCAAUGAAAAAGUUUCCAGAUUCCACUGCCAGUACAGGCAUAAGUUGUCCAGAAAGGCCCCUUCAAAGGAGCCCAUGCCUACAAGACAGAGUGAUGUUUCAAAUUGGCUGCUCAUUUUCACCUGAUUCGGACAUUGAAUCUAGAAGGAAGGUAGUGGAACAAAAUCUUGAGCAUCAAGAUGGAGAAAACAAGAGUGAUAUUCCAAUGCCAAAAGAUAUCGCCUUGUCAAAAACUGGUGCUAUAUGUCAACCUGUGUGGACCAGCCAGAGGUAACUAAGUUUGUAGAAAGGGUGGAGGCAAAGCAGCAUCGCUUUUUAAGAAUUCCUUCUUGUGAAAAGAGUACUAGCAUCUUGGAAUGUUGUACUGAGGGCAAUGGCAUUGAAGCAAAUACACUGGAAGAAACUAACCACCCAGGUUCCUUGCAGCAGCAGAGCAAAUGAAGCAGCUAACUCAUCAGUAUCAAGUGGACAAAACAACAUGGAGAUUGCUGAAAACAAUGAGGACUUGUCCUAACAGGGAAACCACUUCUGUUAUGGUUAACUCUAGUUCUGGUGAUCAGGACUGUCCAAGACGGAGUAACAUCUGACAUCCCCUGUGGGGAAAAUGAGGAUUCU